AUGAAGAGGAAGCCGUCAGAAGUCGCCGUAUGUGUCUACCGAAAAAAACCUUGGCAACUGGCUUGGCGGAUUCCUACUGCAGGGAGUGCCGGCGAGAUCGAAAAACCGUACGACUAUGCGGCUCUCAUGAUUCGAGUCUCUGCCGGAUUCGUUAUCGCCAUCUCCCUAUCCCUGAUACUGCUGGUGGUCGGCAAUUUGAUCUACACCAGUUUCACAGAACGGGUCAACUUGAAUUCAAAGGUCAGACUGAUUUACUUGUCAGUUCUAAACUCCAGUCAUUAUGACUAUAACUAUCGGAUUUUCGAGAAAUUCAGAGAACAGACACCGAUAAUGCUCUACAUCCUACUCGGACCUCCACCGCUUCAAUUCCCCUACAGCCUUGCCACGUCUAAAACAUUCGCUUUUAACUUAUUGAUUUUUCAUGAAAUGAAUACAUCCUCUUCUCUGAUAACUACCGAUUCACUACACCGAUAA